GCAUAGCGUUGGUGUUGUGACCAGGGUUGGUCGACGUUGUUCGGGCUAGCUUCACUCGUAGUAUCGAUUGCUUAACUACCGGUGCGACUCCAUAUCGGUGCUUCCCCGUUUUUAUCUUACGUUCGACACCUACCUGCUUUCCGUUGCUAAAUGAAAAUUGCCUCAUCCGAAGGAAACGAUAACACACAGCAGCGAGAUUUCCUUGUUUUCGAACAUCUAUUUUUAUUCCUUGGUUGCAAUUAAUAAAAUUCAGUGUAAAACCUAUAUAAACUGUGCAUGAACGUCUGGAAGCAUUUCAUUCAAGAACCCUCUCUCAGCGAUCACGUUAUACCGACUCAACAUGGCAUUAUCCUACAGCAACAGCAAUAUCGAAGCGUGCCUCGUAAAACCAGUCCUUGAGAAGACGGCUGAGGCUGAAGAUGCCAUUUCGUAUACCGCAUCAACCAAACACCGAAGAGCAUGGCACAUCAUUCAACUGGUCCUACACGUAGUCUUGUUUACAGCUGUCAUUUGGCUUGUUGUACAAGUGCUACAUCUUCAAAAUGAACUUAUUCAGCUCAAUCUCCGGCAGUCCAGUAAGCCAGGGGGUGAUUCGUCUAACUUCAAAGGGAAUCACACGAUGUCCAGCGACAGCGAAGGGCCUCGAGUCAGACGCCAAAUCAGCCAUGGAGACUCUAUCGGUAUGGACUCAAGCUACGACUACGGUUAUCCUGGAAACGAAGGAUUUCCAUCUUUUCACGUCACAGGCAUACAGCAGCCCGUGGGAGGGAACUGGUUCACAUUUCACACCAGCAUGGACCCUGCAUUUUCCAAAUAUUCUCAUGAAACUCUCGGAUUUGUUCACAACAAAUUCUUCGAGGUAACCAUGCCAGGAUACUACUUUGUGUACAGUCAGAUUUGUUACAAAGUGAAUGAUCUCUCGAAUGGUCAUGAAGUGGUUGUUUUGCCUGAUUGUGGUGAUGGCGUUGAGUUUACUAUUCUUCGAGCUAAAGCCCCACAAAGAACUGUAGAUAAUGGCCAGACUGCUCUUGAAGACACAGGCUACGCUGGAGGCGUAUUUUACCUUGCAGCGAAUGACAGGCUCGGUGUACGCCCCUUUCCGGGCCAACUAGUUCCUCUUGAAUACCAGGAUAACGUCGCGCAGACAAGCUAUUUUGGAGCAUUCUUGUUGACACCAGAUAGGCACGUUGAGGUGGAUGCAGACCUGAGACGUUGUCUGUAAGCACAAUGUCAUAAUGGCUUUCUUACCUUGCUUUGCUAGUUGAAAGUUGUUCAGACUUGACUCUCAAUCAAACGACAGAGUCUGUAAAUGUGUGAAUACUAUAAGUAUCGGUUUAGAUUACAACAUUCAUAUUGCUUAAUUGAUAAAUAUAUAGAAAAAUGCUGUUACGUGUAUAUAACUGCUGUCGGUGGUCUAUGUCUUGUAACGAGUAUACGUAAUCUCAGUCAUCGUUCUUGCUACGCUUCGAACAAAUAUCUACUCCUAAGUUAUAUGCUUUACAAAACUUAAUAAACCUGCUGUUCAAAUGGCGUUAUCAGCCAACAAAUGAUUUAAUAGAUAUAAAAGAAGCAGUGAGGUGUAAGUGUAUAUGCAUUUUAUGCAAUAGUCAGUGUUGUAGUCGAGACCACUUAAGACCUUCACAAGACCAACACAAGACCCCAUUCUGAAUUCGAGUCACAAGCUAUUCAAAUGAAGUGCAACAUCCUGUUACUUGUGACUAGUCUUGUGUGAUGGUAUUGUGUCUGGUCUUCUGUCUGGUUUUGUGGUGGUCUAGACUACAAAGCUUGCAAUAAUCAAAUUAGUUGGUGGACCUGGACCAGAAUUUUUUGGGGGGAUUCAAAUCUGUCGACCUUUGUUUGGCGAAAUGGAAAAAUAAUUAAAUUCUAGCCAAAAUGUAUUUUUGUGCGACCGAACUCGUUCUUAUUUCUGUGACAGUGCCGGAAAAACAUAGUAAUAAUGACAUUUUCUGUUUGCAGUAUCACCCCCAAUAAAAAGCACUGAAGUGAAGUUUCUACCGGAAACCACUUCACGGUUUACAACCUAAUUAGGCUAGUGAAUGAGCUUGAUUCUGCAGUGCAGUUUGUUUUUAGUUUUUUCAUUCCUCCACCGUCAUUUCCUAAUUUCAAACACAUCCGCAAUCCUAAAAGUAAAACAGUAUGGCUUCAGGGUCCUAAAAUUCAUAACGCUCGACUGGAAGGAAAAGUCUGGCAUUAAAAUGUUCUGUAGGAGGUCACAUCUCUUUCUGUACAAUGUUGGUUACUCUUAAUAAUUUUUUUUCAGUUUAUAAUUUUGUAAUUAAUAUCUGGCUGCUGUAUGGUAAUCAAACAUCAUCAGUAAGUAGUAGUUUUUCUCUUUAAAUGAAAUCCAGAAGAUUUCACUCUUAAUUUCAAAUUCACAUAACGUUUAAAUCUAAACUUAAUCGGCUAGGUUUUUGUACCUAAUACUUAAUGCUAGAAAGAACAAAAAAUGUUAAUCUUUAGCUGAAAUCCGAACACAUAUUGAUAACUAACCAGUGCAUCAUAGGAACCAUGCUCAGUCAUUCCUUACUUCAAAAUGUAAUUUGGUUUGCUCCUUGCUGACCUCCAAAAAGCAUGCGCUUAAAUUUAACUGUCCCAUCAAGGUAUGAUGAGAGAGAAGACUUACUUGCGAAUACCCUGCGACUGAUGCCGAUUGUACAUUUGGAAAGUUCGUUUCGCCUACGAUCAUUUUAAAGAAAUAAAUGCGAAGAUGCUAAACGUCGUCAUAUUCUGCAUGAGUUCGCUGAAACUGCCUAAAUGUAACAAGCAAAUGCUGUAAUUAUAUGCACCAGUCACUGACCCCUGAUUGAACACUUGUCUUUACAGGACGCAGGUAAACUCAGUUUUACUGUCAAACCUGUCUGAUUUGAUUUAUUUUUUUAUUUGGAGUUCAGAGUUUAGAUUAAUUUUAAACCCCGCACCCCAAUAUACGUGUGGGCCUUAAAAUUGACAUAAAAAUAUUUUUAUUUUGUUGGAGAAUAUCGAGGUUGUAAAACGUUUUUAUGGUCAUUGGACCCAUUUUACAUUAUAUGUGAACGUCAUCAUGAAUUUGAUUAAAGGUUGAAACAAAUUA